UAACCCUUUUAUUUUUGUAUUUUGAGUUAAAAUUUUGACAGAAAAGUUUGUAUAAUCGGCUUGGAUGGUUCGUCUCAAAGCCUCACCGCCUCCGGUGGCUGGUUUCUUCUCCGUUCUGUCCAUCUCGCGCUGAGAACCAGAGGUUUAAGCUCUCCGCCUCCACCAUUUUCCCGGAUUUUUUCCGAAUUCAAUAUUGAUUUCUGUAACCAUUUCCGGAAUUCUUUGAAGUUUUCCGGUAGUCGGAUAAUAGUGAAUUGAGUUGGAGAUUAGGGAGCAGAAAGAGUAGGAAGUAAUCGUUACGUCGGGGGAGUUUCGUUCAUUUCGGUGGAGCACGGGAAGAGAUACAUAUAUUGUGUUGCUGAGGGCUCCGAUUUUCUGAUAAGACAGUACGUUGAAAUGGCCAGAUGGGAUGAGAUUUUUUCUCUUCCAGUACAGAACCCUCCUACCUUAGAAUUUUCUUCAGCUGAUCUUGUAUGGUCGAAGGUAGAAGGAUGGCGCGACAACAUGGACAGAGUUGCUGUAAUACCUUUUGCGAGAGUUGACGAUUUUGUACGUGGUGAAUCUUCAAACCAAGAAUGUCCAACCAGAUUUCAUGUUGAAGCAAGGCGACGGCGAGCAUCGGCAGCACCUUUCAAGCUAAAGGUUGAUGGUGUACUGGAAUACAUUUUGUAUUGGUGUUCGUUUGGUCCGGAUGACCACAGGAAGGGGGGUAUUGUACGACCCAGUAGAAGUACUUAUGUACCAAAAAAGAAAAAUGCCGGGCGGCCAAACACUAAAAGGGGCUGCACUUGCCACUUUAUUGUCAAACGCUUAAUUGCUGAACCAUCUAUUGCACUUAUCAUAUAUAAUGAGGACAAGCAUGUAGAUAAGAAGGGAUUGCCAUGCCAUGGUCCUCAAGACAAGAAGGCUGAAGGUACUCGUGCUAUGUUUGCACCUUACAUCUCUGAAGAUCUUCGUCUACGUGUAUUAUCACUUCUACAUGUUGGUGUAUCUGUGGAGACCAUAAUGCAGAGACAUAAUGAGUCGGUGGAGAAACAGGGUGGCCCAUGCAACCGUGAUGACCUUUUAACCCAUAGGUAUGUAAGAAGACAGGAGAGAAGCAUUAGGCGUUCCACUCAUGAACUUGAUGAAGAUGAUGCAGUAAGCAUUUGCAAAUGGGUCGAAGGCCAUGGUAGUAAUGUUUUCUUUUAUGAAGAUUUUACUGAUACGGACACCUUUACUUUGGGAAUUCAAACGGAGUGGCAAUUGCAACAAAUGAUACGAUUUGGCAACCGUGGCCUUCUUGCUUCAGAUUCCAGGUUUGGAACAAAUAAGUUGAAGUAUCCAGUUCAUAGUCUGGUAGUAUUCAAUUUAGAGUACAAAGCGAUUCCAGUAGCUUGGAUUAUAUCACCUAGAUUUGCUAGUGGGGAUGCCCAUAGGUGGAUGAGGGCUCUUUACGGUAGAGUUCAAACCAAAGAUCCCACUUGGAAGUUGGCCGGCUUUGUUGUGGAUGAUCCUCUUGCUGAUGUACCGACAAUCAGGGAGAUAUUUCAGUGCUCUGUUUUGUUAAGCUUUUGGCGUGUCCGCCAUGCAUGGCAUAAAAACAUAAUGAAGAAAUGUGUGGAAAUUGAGAAGCAAGCUAAGAUAUUAAGACAGCUUGCGCAAGCAGUGGAUAGACUUUGCCGAGGCGAUGGAACUGUGGAUUUAUUUGAACAGCUCAUUAAAGAUCAAGUUGAUAGUCCCGAUUUUAUUGACUACUUUAAGGCAACCUGGAGUCCUAGACUAGGGAUGUGGACUACUGCACUGAAACACCUUCCACUCACCAGUCUUGAAACAUGUGCUGCAAUGGAGUUUUACCAUAGUCAGUUGAGACUUAGAUUGCUGAAUGAGGAAGAUGGUGCUGUUUAUCAACGCACAGACUGGUUGGUUGAUAAGCUGGGUACAAAGGUACAUUCUUACUUCUGGCUUGAUGAGUACUCAGAGAAGAACAAUUUUUCUCGGUAUUGGAAAGACGAGUGGAUGAGUGGUUUGACAUAUUGGCGCAGAGCGUUUAGAAUUCCAGAUUCUGAUGUUGUCAUUGAAGGUGGUAUUGCAAAAGUUACUGACCAAAUUACUCGAGACAGGAAAUUUGUUGUUUGGAAUCCUGGUUUGCAGUUUGGUCUUUGUGAUUGCAGAUGGGCAGAAAUGGGUAAUUUAUGUGAGCAUAUGUGCAAAGUUAUUAAUGUAUGUCGUAAGGAAGGGACUGCUAAACCAUCCAUCAGCCUAUUGCAGUACCAGAAGGCCUUGACUGACAUGCUACGUUGUCCACCUCAUGAUUCCUUAAUGCGUGAUCAUGCUGUAUCUUUUGCAGUGUCAGUUCAGAAGCAGUUGAAUGCACUAUUCAGUACGGGAAGCAACCAGGAUCGUGGGAAUCCUUUUCAGGACCAUAUUAUAAAAACCACAGAACAUCAAACUAAUAGAGAAGUCUCUACUGGAGGCACAGGGUUUUUGAAUGAUAAUGUACUUAGAAACAACUCCGAGUCAAGUCAGACAGAGACUGAGCAUGCCUCUGGACAAGAAGCUUCUCAUAAUAUUACUGAUAACGCUGGUAAUGAGCCUGUUGAUUUAACUGUGAGUGAAAACGGUAUGGCUGGUGAAACUGCUGGGGAAGAAUGCCCCUGUGCUGAAAUGGAUGUUGAUACAACAUCAAUCUGUAUAUCACCACCUCGGCUAAAUUCUGUUGAAGAGGUCGUAAGCGGUGGUUCCUUCCAACAAAGUACAAGUAGAAUUCAAAUUGAUAUUGAGUAUGAAACUCUACCUUCCAGAUAUGAUUCUCUCUGUGAUCUAAGUAAAUUAGUAGACAAUCAAAGUUAUCAAGAAAAGAUAGAUGUAGAUCCUUCACCCAUUAAUGAUCCUAUAAUGGCAGCUGAUUUUGUGAACCAGUGCAUGACGAAUUCUCAGAAUGGCAUUUUCAGUGAUGGUCCUGAGCCUACUGUUGCCUCAUAGAUAAUGAUUCCCAUUCUGUUCCAGCAACAGCAUCUAAAGAUAUGGAAAUCCAAGAAAAAGAAAGGUCACACGAUCCUACAAUCAAUUGAUUGAGUUAUUUUGAGAUGGAAAAAUGGUCGAUCGUUUGGUCAUGCUGCUAAAGUGGGCACCCUGAUGCAAAAAUGGUUUCUCCCAUGUCAGUUAUAAACUCUGGGUGCUCUUCAAGCUUUAGAAUGCUGUUGCGAUGCAAAGUUGCAGGGCUGGUCGCGUAACUACUGGUCCUAAAUUCAUCUGGGCAUAAUUCUUUCCAAGUUUAGGAAUGAAGCUGCUCAAAAUUUUCUCCAUCUGUCAUCGGCUUUGCCCAUGGUAAGAUUUCACUUUGUUUGAUAUUGAUGGAGUUUGCAAACUGAUGAAAUUUCAUUGGACAGAUGAGGUCCAGCCCUCUGAAUUUAAGCAUGAAGUUUCAGACCAGCAGCCAUAUAGGAUGUUUUUUAUUUUGAACUCCGUAUAUGAAACCCUGGAAUUCUUACUGCAUUUCCAUGAUACCAUGGCUACAUCUGAGUAGGGACCGAAUCGCUGCCUGGCUAUACUUUCUGGAUGUUCCUACACCAAUGAUGAUAUUCUAUUUUCAGUAUUGACUCUACAAAUGAAGUACUAUUUAUACAAAGAGCUACAUGGCACAUGAAAUGAGAUGACAUAUGGAAGGGUAAGAGGGAUGGGGCGAGGGAACAGUCAAUUAGGUUCCUGUUCAUAUAUGAUUGGUUUCUGCUAAAUGAUUCAAGUAACUUAGAUUGAUGGUUGCUUAACUUCAAAUGUCUUUAGGCAGACAAUGAGAUUUCUAUCAACGAAGAUGCCAUUUCAUUGAGACAGAUGAAGCUUUCCUACUGUUCUCGAGUUAUAUUGUAAAAAGUUUGACGUGGUAUGGUUUCAAAUUGCGGGAUCAUUGCUUUAGGCUCUGCUUGCCUAAAUUUUACUUGACAAGACUGAUGUAACGACCAGAUUCUGUGAUUCGCGGGAAGCCUUGGAGCCUCUUGUAGUUUGUUAUCAACCAACUCUUAUACUGCAGACUGUAGAGAAGACUAUUUCCGCAGCCAAGUUAAACAUCAUAGAGGUAAAAGUAAAAGUAAAAGGUUAUGAAUUUGUCCAAAUCGAUGGGUUCAAAAUCCUUCUGAGAUCACUGACUUAUUAUUUUCUUUUUUCCUAUUAAAUCUUGUGGGUUCUGGAUUGUUUCUUAAGUUAAAUGAAGGGCUGACAAUGACCAGAGGAUCAAUAUACUGCAGCUUGAAACCGAAUCUGUCAGCUUUGUUUGUC